CUCCCUGCAUCCCUCCCUGUCCGUGUCUUCUUUCCUCUCACUCCACCGGAUCCUGGUGCGGAUAAGGAGAUUUAACUAAAGGAGACCCGGACACCCAUGACCUGUGGAGGAGCACUCUGGCUUCUGAGAUUUCUGCACAUUUCUACACAAACAGCAUCAUGACGAGGAAGGUGUUCACCAACACGAGGGAGCGCUGGCGCCAACACAAUGUCAACACUGCCUUUGCAGAGCUCCGCAAGCUCAUCCCCACCCAUCCUCCUGAGAAGAAACUGAGCAAGAACGAGAUCCUGCGCCUGGCGAUGCGCUACAUCAACUUCCUAGUGCAGCUGCUGGAGAGCCAGAGUGGCCAGCCGGCCAGCCACUCCUCCACCGCCCUGCUCACCUUCCUGAAAGGGAACAUGGAGCGGCUGCACUCGCCUCCCCAUCCCUGGACCACGACGAGUGACACCGAGGCUCCAUCGCCGGGCUCCAGCUGUGAAAGCUCUGAGCCCUGGUAGAGCCACAUCUGGACAGGAGAACAAGAAGAAAGAGCAGAUUGUGUUGUGGACCCCAACAUGGCUGAUGAGAAGGGUGAAAAAGAGUUUGUUUUAUGCAUCAAAGUAAACCACAUUCCCUUCAUGUCUCCAUGAUAUCAUUCCUUGUUUUUUUGGAACCGAUUUAAAAACAAAGGAAGCGGCAUUCCAUCUUUUCCUGAUGAGGAUAAUGAAGGAAUGGAGGAUUAUGGAUUUUCUUAUUCUGACGUAGAGUAAUAAGAAACAGAUAACAGCUCAGCCCCAUCUUCAGGCAGAGUCUGACAACAGUCAAGAGCACUUUUUUAUUAUUUGUAGGGAAAAUGCAGUUUGUUUUUCCUCUUAAAAACAACUAAACCUGAUCUUUUGACUCAUUUAUUAAGGUUGGCUUCAGAGAAACCAUUUUCUUUUUUUCUUCAUAAUUCAGAAGCUUAUUUCUAAUGUUUGGGUCAAACUGACAAUCUAAUUUCAGUGAUUCCUUGCAGAUACAUUUUGUUUUGUUGGUUUUCUGUAAAACAUGCAUGUGAUAUGGCCAAAGAUACUGAACAGGUUGUCAGCUGUGAUGAGUGUGUUAAUUAUCUAUCUUAUGCCUCUUUACUAAUUUAUUUUGUUCUUCUUGUGAACGUCUUAUUUAUUUUACUAUUUAUUCAAUAAAAAAUUUGUAAAUAAUUAAAUUUUUUGUGUAUUUAUGGGAGCCCCCUUACUUCCCUGUAGAGGGUCUUUUUGUUCACAAAUUGUAAACCCAAAUCUACCUUUGUCCCCAGUAGAAAUUGUUACCUCUACAUUAAUGUUGAAUUGAAUAUUGAACUGAAUAUUUGAGGCAUGUCGACUGAAGACUUCUCACCAUCUAGAAAAAGAAAUAAAUUCAGUUCGGAAUAUCCUGCUGACCCCUGGAAACAUUAGGUCAAUCCCUUUGAGCUCCAUUCGGGAUGAGGACAGGAUUAAUCCCAGGUUCAUCAGACACUUCUGUCAUAACUGCUUCCAGGAAAUCAGUGUAUAGAUCCUGCUGACAUUCACCCAGUCAGAACUUUAUUUAUCAUUGCAAAGAUGAGAACAAGACAAUCGUAGCACACAGCUCGAUAUUCUGCCCUUUUCCGAUCUAGAAAAGGUUUCUCUCACUGACUUAAAGCCUGAAAAACAAACUGUUAGUCGAAACAAGUUAUAGACAGUUGAGGAGAAUAGUAAAUGUUGAAUUAAGGAGUCUGACUUGUUAUGGGAAUAAUUAUUUUCUGUCCCAAACAAAUAGUAAACAACUGCUCUGAAUCAUACAUUGUGCCCUUGCAGGUGUAAAGACUUGAGUGAACAUGUUUAUAAAGUAAGUAAAAGCAAAAUCAGCACUAAUAAAUCACUAUAUGUAAGGGGAAUUAAAAGGAAAUGUAAUUUUUCCACCACAGAAACAUCUAAGAUAAUGUUGGUAGUUUUCUUAACAAAAUUCAACACUUUUCCAGAUCAUUUUCAGAUUUUUUUUCUGAGCUGCCAAAUUGACUUUCUCAAUUCCAUUUUGAUGUAGUGAAAAAAUGGAUUCAGAUCUUUAAAGUAUAGUUUAAGGUCAUUCCUCUGCAACCAGUUCUGGAAAAGACUCUACUAAAGUGAAAACGGAUUCUCCACCCCUCUGCUUAGAAAUUGUUAGUAAGGCUUGACAAAAAUAUCAGUCGGGUUUUGGUUAUUUAACCACAUUAAGAAUCACAGAUGAAGUUUAACUUCAAGUAUUUGUACAGUUCAGUAGAAAUUCAGU